CUUCUGCCUUGUCAACGGCUUGGUUGUUUUGAUGAUUUUAAUGUUUACUAAAAUUUGCAUUGACGCAACUAUAUUAUUUUUAUCAUUAAAAUAAUGAAUUGAAAUUUACUUUUAAUGAGCUUAACUUUUAAAUCAAUUGAAAACAUUGUGGUUAGUACGCUUUCAUUAUUUUAAAUAAACAUUUUUAUCUCAUUGUCAUUGACCCCAAAAAAAAAAAAAAAUCAGGACGCCAAAUGAAAUAUGGGGUAACUGUUUUAGAUUUAAAGUAUAAUUCAAGUAUAGCGUUAUGAUCAUAGCGCUAAAAACAAGAUGCAGCCUAAUAAACUUAUGGUUACUGACCUAAAUCCACAUUUAUUGUGUGUUCUGUGUGGUGGUUAUUUUAUAGAUGCUACUACAAUAAUUGAAUGUUUACAUUCAUUUUGUCGUAGCUGUAUUGUCAAAUACUUGGAAAAAAAUAAAUAUUGUCCCAUUUGUGAUGUAUUAAUUCAUAAAUCUAAUCCAUUAUUUAAUAUUAGACCUGAUCAUACAUUACAAAAUAUUGUUUAUAAAUUAGUCCCUAAAUUAUUUCAGCGAGAAAUGAUUAUGAGAAAAGAAUUCUAUCUUGUUAACAAUGUGCAUCCUCCUCAAGAUCCUCUAAGUCAGGGAAUGAUUCCUGAUGACUAUCAUUUAUUUACUCCAAAUGAUUCAGUGAGCAUUUGUCUUCUUUACGAAAAUGAACAUAGCAAACAGAGUUUGCCAAUUACUCAUAAACGAUUUUUAUGGUGUCCAGCAUCAUUGCAAGUUAUAAAUUUAAAGAAAUUUGUGUAUCUUAAAUUUGAAUUAACAUCUUUAGAUCACUAUGUUGAAUUUUCCUAUCAAAAUCAUCUACUAGAUGAUCAUCUAACAUUGAUGGAUGUUGUUUAUAUGUUUGAUUGGAAAAGGAAAGAUCCACUUUCCAUAUCAUACCGAAUUCUUACUAUUAAAAGAGAACCAUUUGUUGAAGAGAAUGUUGUUGAAAAAUUAUCCAAUGACACUAAAGAAGAUACUAUUAAUAACAAAAGUGAUAUACAGCAAAAUAGUACAGUGAGAGGAAAAAAUAUAGAUUUAGAGGAAAAUAUUGUUGAUAUAGUAUCAAAUUCUAAAGAAGAAUUUAAAAAAAGUGACACUGUUAACAUUUUAAAUGUUUCUCAGAUAAGGCAUACUAUCAAACCUAAUGUUACUAUUGAAUUUACUGAUUCAAACCAAAAUAAAACCAUAGAUAAAGUAGAAUGUGAAGAAAAUAAAAAAAAAAUUCUUAAAGUUUAUCCUGGUUCUAAAAUUAAAAAAAAUAAACCUAGAUUAGAUACUAUAGUUGAGAAGAUAAAAAAACAAAGUACUAAAUAUAAAACUUUAACAUCUCCAACCAAGCAUUGGAAUCCCAGUAUAUCUAAGACUUCUGUUUUAGCAAAAAAAAAAGAUAAUAAUGGAGAUAAAAUAAAUCAAAAAUUUUUUAAAUCCAGAGAUGAAAAAAAAAAAAAUGAAGGCAAAAUUGAAGAAAGUUUGAAAAGAUUAGCAGAAGUUCCUCUUAUGAAAAUAAACCCUCAAACAUUAUGUCCAAUUAUGCCUUCAUCUCCAGCAAAAAAAUCUAAAAAACCUUUACCCAAAAAAAAUACAUUGGCUCAAUCUCUAGCACUAUUACCUGUUCGCCCAGCAAACCAUAAUCCAUUUACCAGUCCAUUGAAUCCUUUCAUGUUUAAUUCAUUUUCUAAUAAUGAUAGUAGAGAUUCUAGUAACACUAAUAAUUUUCUUAAAGCUAUGUCUGAGUUGUGUCCUCCGUCAUCAGCAUAUCACAAUUCAUUACCACCAUCAGUUAGUGUUCUUUUCAACCCAUUAUAUGCACAUCAUAGGCAAAGUCAGCCUAAAAAAUCUAUUGCAGAGACAUCGGAUGUUCAAAAGGUUUUAGUUCACAAAACAGAUAUAAAAAAGGUUGAAAAACACAAAAAAAAAGAAGAAAAAGAUAAUGAUGAAUGUACAAAUAAUAAUAAGGGUGAAGAAAAGAUGGAAAUUGAAAAAACCUAAUUUCAUUUUAAUAAUAAUUAAUUUCAAAAAAUGUAGCAUUGUGUUAAUUUAAAGAAUUGAACUUGUUGAUUUUUAAUUUGUUCAUGUAUGAGUCUUAUGACUUCCUUUAGAAUUUUAUAGAUUUUCACCUCCAAUUUUGAUGGAAACAUGAUAUCUUUAUAAUUUUUACUUUAAAAUUCUAGUCGUAGAUUAAGCUGUAUAUUUUACUAAACAAAAUAUGUAUUAAUGUGCCUUCAGUAUUCCAUUUUUUUAAUCUAAGAUCAUAUUAUUGAUUCAAGCUCAAUUUUAAUUAAUUUUUUAUUUGUAUAUAAAGAGGAAAGUAUAA